AUGUCUCACAGGAAGCGUGUAUACCCGCAAGCUCAGUUUCAGUUUGGACAAGGUGUGAAUCCAGCCAAUUCGCCCGUACUGGGUCAGGAUCACCCUUCCCAGAUCCAGACGCCUGUUACCAACCAGCAGCCCCAGUUUUUGACUCCAGCACAGCAGCAGUUGCAACAACAACUUCACCAACAAGUCGACCAUGCUUCUCAAGCCAUGGCCGGUAUGCAUUUGCACAAUGUGCCAGUUAUGGACCCUACUUUGGCUCAGAAUGCGGGUCUAGGAACUCCUCAACAGAUCAACGAUUACAACUCUCCCAGUGCUGGUAAUCCCGUGUACGGGCAGCAACAACCGGUCUCUGUGGGCAGGCCCAUGAACCAAUUGUACCCGAUCGACUUGUUGACGGAGCUGCCCCCACCUGUGUCGGAUUUAGAAUUGCCUCCACCGCCACUCAUGGUACCACCCGAAAAGUUUGUGGUUCCCGUCGAAACAGCCAAUGCUUCAUCUGAUUAUGUCCGCUGCACACUGAAUGCAAUUCCGAAAUCCAACUCCUUGCUGAAAAAGUCCAAAUUACCUUUGGGUUUGGUAAUCAGACCUUAUUUGAACUUGCAAGACUCGGAGUGUCAGGUACCACUCAAUUCCGAUGGUUUGGUUGUCAGAUGUCGUCGGUGCCGCUCCUACAUCAACCCAUUCGUAACUUUUGUUGAUGGCGGCCGCAGAUGGAGAUGUAACUUCUGUAACCUGGCCAAUGAUGUUCCUAUGGCCUUUGACGCGUCUCAGCAAGGUCUUCCUGUUAAUCGAUACGAAAGAAAUGAGAUGCAACACGCCGUGGUUGAGUACUUGGCUCCCAAAGAGUACGCUGCAAGACAACCACCACCUUCCUCAUACGCGUUUAUUCUCGAUGUUUCGCAGAACGCUAUUAAAAAUGGCCUUCUCGCGACCGCCGCAAGAACCUUGUUGGAGACACUGGACACACUACCAAAUCAUGACCAAAGAACUAGAAUCACCAUUUUGGCAGUUGACAACUCCAUCCAUUAUUUCUCUAUUCCGUUGGACGAGGAAAGUGACCAAAUCAAAAUGCUGGAUGUAGUGGAUUUGGACGAACCAUUCCUUCCUAUGCCCAGCUCCAUGUAUGUGUCUUUACAAGAUUGCAGAUCAAAUAUCGAGAAGUUGUUGAGUCAACUUCCAGAAAUCUUUCAGUUCAACAUCAUGUCAAAAUUGGCCCUAGGACCUGCUUUGAAAGCUGCUUUCAACCUCAUCAAAGGUGUUGGGGGUAAAAUUAUCGUAGUUUCUUCAACUUUGCCAAAUUCGGGAAUUGGGAAACUGCAAAAGCGUAAUGAAACGGGUGUUGCAAACACGCCAAAGGAAGCAUCUCAGUUACUAAGCUGUCAGGACUCUUUCUACAAAAAUUUCACAAUUGAUUGUAACAAAAAUCAAAUUACUAUCGAUCUCUUUCUGGCUACUGAGGACUAUAUUGAUGUUGCAUCAUUGUCGAACCUAUCGCGGUUCACCGCAGGACAAACACAUUUUUACCCUGGUUGGUCUGCUGCUAAGCUCACAGAUGUGACGAAGUUCACGAAAGAGUUUUCUAAGCACUUGACUAUGGACCUGUCCAUGGAGGCUGUCAUGAGAGCGCGUGGAUCAUCCGGUUUGAGAAUGACAAGAUUCUACGGUCACUUCUUCAACAGAUCCUCUGAUUUGUGUGCGUUCCCCACUUUUCCAAGAGACCAAUCUUACGUUUUUGAAGUUAGCAUAGAUGAGCAGCUGGUCCGUGAUUACGCCUACCUGCAAAUCGCUGUUCUACUGUCAUUGAACACUGGGCAACGUAGAAUUAGGGUCAUUACUUUGGCCAUCCCAACCACAGAUUCUUUGGCAGAAACGUAUGCGUCUGCAGACCAGUUAGCCAUCACUGCAUUCUUUUCCCAAAAAGCAAUCGAGAAGGCGUACAGUAAUCUCGAAGAGGCCCGCGAGUCUUUGAAUAGAUCCGUCCAAGAGAUAUUAGCAACAUAUAAGAAGGAGAUAGUGGUCUCGAACACCGCUGGAGGCGCUCCAUUGAGACUGAGUGCUAACUUGAGAAUGCUGCCCCUAUUAAUGCAUUCUUUGACGAAACACAUGGCUUUCCGCGCUGGUUUGGUGCCUAGUGAUCACAGAGCUGCCGCGCUCAACUUUUUGGAAUCCAAUCCCCUUCCAUAUGUGAUUAAGAACAUCUACGCCAAGGUCUACUCUUUGCAUGACAUGCCUGAUGACGCAGGCUUGCCAAACGAGCAAGGCGAGGUCGUGCUACCCGAGCGCAUCAAUGCAACAUCUUCAUUAUUAGAGCGUUAUGGUCUUUAUCUCAUCGACAACAGCACGGAGCUAUUUUUGUGGGUUGGUGGAGAUGCUGUGAACGAGCUGACAAUGGACGUUUUUGGUACCCCUGAUAUUUUGGAGAUUCCGAUUGGCAAACAAGAGUUACCUGUAUUGGAAGGUUCCGAAUUCAAUGCCAGAGUAAGAAAUGUUGUUUCUAAAUUACGUGAGCAUGCCGAUGUCAUCACUUACCAACCUCUAUACAUCGUUCGUGGGGCGUCAUUGAGCGAACCUGUCAACCACGCCUCGGCUAGAGAAGUAGCGACCUUGAGAUUGUGGGCCACGAGCACUUUAGUGGAGGACAAAAUUCUCAACAGUCAAUCUUAUCGCGAAUUUUUGCAGAACAUGAAGACAAGAAUCAGCAAGUGA